UCACAAUCCUUCCCCACAAACAAGAGUAGCUCCUGAACCACACUGGUCGGCUUUCCCUGUUUCAGAUCCCACAAAGUUUCAAAUUCCAUAGGCUCCCUCACUUUUUCACCAAUCCGUCGUCGUUUUGAGCUCUGAUCUGAAUUCUCUGCCGGAACAGAGGUUGAAGAAAUAUGGACGCUUUAAGAAAACAAGCCAGUAAGCUCAGGGACCAGGUCGCAAAGCAGCAACAGGCUGUGAUAAAGCAGUUUGGUGGGACUGGUUAUGAAAGCUCAGAUGUAAUGGUGAUAGAUGAGGUUGAGAUGCAGAGGCAUCAGCAGCUUGAGAAACUGUAUAGGUCUACUCGUGCAGGAAAGGAUUUUCAGAAAGAAAUUGUAAAAGCAGCGGAAGCACUGACAGCCAUAGGAUAUAAGCAUAUUGAAGCAGGGACCAAGUUGUCUGAGGAUUGUAGCAGAUAUGGUGCUGAAAAUGUCCACGAUAAAAUUUUAGCUAAAGGUGCAUCUAUAUAUGGUGAUGCUCGUAAGCAUGUGGAAAAGGAACAAGAAGACUUGAAUAAGUUGUUGUCUUCACAGGUUUUAGAUCCGUUAAGAGCAAUGAUACUUGGUGCUCCUUUGGAAGAUGCUCGUCAUCUUGCUCAACGUUAUAGUCGAAUGCGGCAGGAAGCAGAGACACAGGCAGUUGAAGUUUCCAGAAGGCUAGCACGAGUUAAAGAAAUCCCAAAUCCAGAAAAUGUUGGAAAGCUGCAUGCAGCAGAAACAAAGAUGAAAGAAAUAAAAGCAAAUAUGGCAGUUCUGGGUAUAGAAGCUUCAGCUGCCUUGGCUGCUGUGGAAGCACAGCAGCAAAGACUAACAUUUCAGAGGCUUGUUGCACUGGUUGAAGGAGAAAAGAAUUAUCAUCUGAGAGUGGCUGCUAUUCUUGGUGAGGUUGAAGCUGAGAUGGUCUCAGAGAAACAGCGUAAGGAGUCUGCUCCUCCUGUGAUUCCCCAGGAUAGCUUCUCAGAGAAAACAAUGUACUUCUUGGCCGAAGCAACUCAUUCUUUCACUGCUGCAUCGGAGAAGGAACUGAGCUUGUCAGUGGGUGACUACGUUGUUGUGCGAAAGGUGAGCCCAUCAGGAUGGUCAGAAGGAGAGUGCAAAGGCAAAGGAGGGUGGUUUCCAUCGGCAUACGUGGAGAAGCGUCAACGGAUUCCGUCCACUGAUCUUUCUUCUGAAGUUUACUAAGCCCUAAACAAGUCCUCACCUGAUAGCUUGUUUUGUUUUUCACCAUAUCUGUUUCUAUCUACAAGUACGACAACAUUUGCUGGCCAUGGUGUUCUUCCUGUAGUGUUUGUCCUCCAUCACAUUGUGUAGUUGGGAUAUGUAUGUUCAUAUUGCCACAUUAUAUAGUUGGGGAUAUUUUAAUUUGUUUGUCCAUAUUGUUUCUUGCAGAUGUUCAGGACAGAAUUUGAGGCAUUGUAAAUGCUAUACAAACAAGUAUUUUUAUUGACACAAGAAAGAAGUUUAUCCCCUCCUGUUAUGUUCUUCC